AUGGAAAACUUGAAGCACAUCGUUUAUAAGAAAUUCUUCUACUGUCAUAUGAUAUCAGAUUUUCACGUGAAAGUUUGCCGGCCUAAAACAGAUGGAGUUUCUUCAAUCAAAAAUCUUUUGAUGAAUCCAACGCUAAGAUAUUCAGCAUGGUUUAUGGUUGUCAUGAUUACUAUUGGAAAUUUAAUGGUAUUAAUGGGAAGAUUUAUUUAUCGUGAUGAGAAUCGUUCAGUUAGUGUUGUAAUAAGAAACCUGGCAGUUUCUGAUCUUAUCAUGGGAUGCUAUCUGGGCAUAAUUUGUGUUCAAGAUUAUCGUUUCCGUGAUAAAUUUCAAGAAAUUUCAUUAGAAUGGACACAGUCGUGGGGUUGCGUAGUUGCUGGAAUGCUAUCAAUGAUCUCAUCUGAAGUUUCAAUUUUUAUUCUCACAUUUAUGUCUGUCGAGAGGUUUUUGUUAAUUUCCGAUCCCUUUGGUCAUCAUCGUUUAAAUACGAAAAACGUGAUGUUGUGUCUUUUCAUCAUUUGGAGUGUUGGAAUUUCAAUUGCCAUACUUCCUGUUAUUUUAUUCUACUCGUCAACAAAAUUUUAUGGAAUUUACAAUGGUGGGACAUGCUUUCCCUUGUUUAUUCAAGAGAAAUAUCCAUCUGGUUGGCAGUAUUCAGCUAUCGUCUUUCUUGGGAUUAAUUCUCCACUUUUAGUGGUUGUCGGAACUCUUUACACUUUUCUGUUAUUCUCAAUAUGGAAGACAAGAAAGCAAUGUACAGGAAGGACAUUUGAUUUCUUUGAUUGUGAAUUUGCUGUCAGAUUCUUCUUUAUUGUUUUAACGGAUUCAACGUGUUGGGCGCCGAUUGUCACCUUCAAGUUUCUUACAUUUAUGGACUUCGAAAUAUCCAGCGACAUGUACGCUUGGUUGGUGGUUUUAGUCCUGCCACUCAAUGCCGCUGUUAAUCCAUUUCUUUACACGUUCAGCACACCAAAAUAUCGAGACCAAAUCUAUACGACAUUCUCCAAACGAAGCUUUUCCAAAAAGCACGAUUCGAAUUCUAAUCAAGCUACCGGUGAUGAAUCUCACAAUAAAAUCAUGCCACUUCUUAAUAACUCAAUCAAUGGUGGCAACAUUUCAACUCCAUUGAGAUGGUUGUUUACGAGAAAGAAAUCUUAA